CUAGAGCUCCCCGCGAGGCCGCUAGGCGAAAAAACAACGUGUCGGGUGGCAGGCGUGUCGCCAACAGUCCGACCACUGCAACUGGGAUGGCUUGGCUGCUUUAAUCAACAUCAAUUGUUCGGAAUGUAUUUUUCACACUGUGUUUUAUUUUUGUUUCCGCAAAAAAGGUUUCGCCAUUAGCGCACGACUUGUUCAUCCAGCGUUUUAACAGCCGUUGCAGUUACUGCAGCAACAAACGGGGUUGGUGGUCCACCUCGGCUUCGACUGAAACCGCAUCAUCGCCCCACACGGCCCUCAGAGCCAGCCGGCGCCCACCAAAGAGAAGCAGACCUGAGCUAGCAGCGGACUGACGGACCGCAGCGAGCUAGUUAGCCCAGUUGGCGACGUCAAGAACUUUGUUGGCUCCCGCUAUGAACUCUGGGUAUUAGCCGCGGUGUCUUUAGUUUAGUUGGAGGUUGUGGUCAAAGUACGUUACCACUUUACACGUUGUCCUCUGUCUGUAUAACUCGGGACGGGAUUUAAAGUCGGGGCAUAAUACAUGUUGUAGUUGCAAAAGUUAGAUAGCAUCCAGCUGGCCAUGCUAGUUUUCUUAACGUGACUCACUUGCUGUCAAUGAAUGUCUCGUUGGGCGUUGUCUGUCUGUCUGUCUGUCGCCCCAUUCACUGAACUGAUGGCUCGUUAGCGACAAAGGAACUCAAGAAACGGAACUAUUUUAAUUCACAGGAAUAUCAGUGACUUUCUGUGAUACUCGCGUCAUGGGGUCUCUGAAGGCGCUGCAGGAGUGGUGUCGGAUACAGUGUGAGCACUACGACGAGGUGGAAGUAAAGGACAUGUCAACGUCCUUUAGGGACGGGUUGGCGUUUUGUGCCAUAAUACACCGUUACAGACCAGAACUGAUUGACUUUGGCUCGCUGUCUAAAGAGAAUGUGUACGAGAACAACCGACUGGCCUUUGACGUGGCAGAGACACAGCUGGGGAUCCCCGCCCUGUUGGACCCAGAAGACAUGGUGUCCAUGAAAGUGCCUGACCGUCUCAGCAUCAUCACAUACGUCUCCCAGUACUACAACUUCUUCAACAACAAGUCUCAAGCAAACCCCCCUUGCAUGAAAAGGAUGAGUUCUGUUGAUCAUAAUGAGCAAGCUCAGAAGAGGCCAUCGACACCUUUGGAAGACAAAAUGGCUGAGUCUGAGCCGAGCCAGUCUGCGCAGACGGGUGUAGAAGUGGUUGCAGCAGUCAAGCGCAGCACACUCAGCAGCACCUGUGCCGCCUGCCAGAAACAUGUCCACCUGGUGCAGAGAUUUCUGGUGGAUGGCAAGCUCUAUCAUCGCAACUGCUUCAGGUGCACAGAGUGUCACAGCACUCUGCUUCCUGGAUCCUACAAAUUAGGAAACAACUCCGGGGCCUUGGUCUGUACACAUCACCUUGCAAGGCAUGCUUUAGCCAAUCAGAAUGGCCGGCUAGAUUUUAGUAAGAAACCAGUGGUAGGUCAGUCUGCCAGGAUUGGUCGCAGCACAAUUCCUCACACCUCGCCCUCCGAGAAGGACCGGGCAAAGACUCCUCCUCCAGUAAGCCAAACAAAUGAAACUGACAUGCCUACUAAUGACUGUGCCACAGUCACUGCUGUUACAACAAAUGCAGCAGACUCUUUGGAAAAGGCAAAAGUGAUGGAUGGCAGUGGAGAGGAAGAGGGGAUACCUCGUCCUUCUUCUCCUCCCAACCCUUUUGAUGAGAGCGAUGAAGAAGAGGUGGAGAGAGAGGAAGAUACUAAAACACCAGCCAAAACGAUCAAUGGGGACCUCCCUUCUACGCCGAUCAGUCAUAAUGAAGGUGCCAGUCGACCAGUACCGGCACCUCGCCGGGUCUCUGAACCCACCCCUCCUCCUCGCCCUGCCCCUCGGGUUCGGUUACCCCGUACGGCAGAUGGCCUUUCAGUUGGUGAAUACCAGAAGCCUCCGAUUCCUCCCAAACCUCGAGAAAGAUCACGGUCUCCUGGAAGCCUGUCAAGUGGCACCCAUAAACCCAAAGACCCACCUUGGCUUGCCCUGGUCCAAUCAGACCCCAAGAAGAAGAAAGCCCCUCCCCCUCCUCCGGCAGGACUGGCAACCCGUCCCAAUACAGGCUCUCUGUACUCUCUCAAAGGGGAGGGCUCCAGACCCAGCACACCCCCUGCACCCGCCAACCCAUUCGAGGAUGAUGAAGAUGAUGAUGAAGAUGAUAAUGGCGAGGUAGCGGAAGAAGAGGGCAGCGGAGAAAGUGCAAUUCCACCCACAGUUGUGGCUAGUCACCCAUGGUACAGCAUCACUCAGGCAGCUGAUGCAACAGGUGCAGACACUCCCCCUAGUGGGGGAAGCUCGUCCCGCUCUGCAAGCCCCGGCCCCGUGAGCAAGAAACGGCUGGCACCUCCUGCUCCACAGCCACUUACAGGUCACCACGUUCUCUCUCACUCUCAGCCCUCCUCUUGCUCUCCCUCUCCAGCUCUCAGCACAGAGAGUCUGUCCUUUGGCUCGGACCACAGCUCCUCCCGUCCCCAUUUGACUGGCAGUGCCAGCAGCGACCAGGAACACGCCUUCACCAAAAGUGUCUCAGAGCCUUCCAUCUGUUCACCGUGCGACUCUACGCCGUCUCCUUCAUCCUCCUCGACCGAGCGUCUGCCUCAUUCUUCUCUAAGCCCCGACCCUUCUCCCAUGCCAUCAAAUGCCAGCUCAGCUCCAGCUACCCCACAGCCCAGUCGCAGCUUUGGGACCAAAGGGACCCUAGACCCUCCACCACGACCCCCAACAACCCCCAGUCCAUUAGCCUUAGGAGCCACCCAAACACACAAUAAGCGGAUCUGUAAAGAGAACCCGUUCAACAGGAAAGCUUCUCCCUCCCCUGCUAAAUCCAAAACCAAACCACCAAAAGGCCCUCGUCCUGCCAGACCCCCGGCCCCUGGACAUGGCUUCCCUCUUAUCAAACGCAAGGUGCAAUCAGACCAGUACAUCCCAGUAGAGGACAUCCAUGGGGAGAUGGGUCAGCUGGAGAAGCAGCUGGAUGAGCUGGAGCAGAAGGGAGUGCAGCUGGAGAAGAAGCUGAGAGACAACCCUAACGAUGAGGAUGAGGAGCACCUGUUGGUGGACUGGUUUACUCUCAUCCAUGAGAAACAUCUUUUAGUACGACGAGAAGCUGAGCUUGUCUACACGGCGAAGCAGCAGAACCUGGAAGAGAGACAAGCUGACGUGGAGUAUGAGCUGAGGUGUCUUCUCAACAAACCAGAGAAAGACUGGACGGAGGAGGACAAGAGUCGGGACCAGGAGUUAAUGGCUGAGCUGGUUACCAUUAUUGAACAGCGCAAUCAAAUCGUUAACAACAUGGACCAGGACAGGCAGAGGGAAGAAGAGGAGGAUAAACUUAUGGAAGCCAUGCUGAAGAAAAAAGACUUUCAUAAGGAGCCGGACGUUGACCAGCAGAAGAAAAAAGGGGCAAAGUUCAAACCCAUAAAGGUGCUCAAGCGGCUGAGCCAUAAAGGAGAACCAGGCAAGAGCCACAGCCCCCGCAAGGAGAAAACACCAUAGCAAGAACGCAUUCUCCUCCGAGAGGAUAUGAGACGGUUUUAAGAAGACUGGCGGCCUGUGUCCACACAACGCCCUUUCUUUACUUUUUUUUUUUUCAAUGGUUUUCAAUGAGGAGAGAGCGUAUGAGGCCACCGCAGCAUCUUUCUUUCUGAGCGCUCCAGUGUUUUUGUGCGACCGCUCCGAAAGCUUCAACUUGAAAACCUCUGAACUUUUCAGAAAAGCGCUGGGGACGUCACUGUAGUAAAUGGAGAGGAAGCUUGUUUUGGCCAUGUCUGGCUAUCCUGAGCUUUAUAUUUCAGACACUCACUGUUUGUAAGCUCUCUGACCUUUCAAUUGAGUGAAUUGUUGUAUGUUGCUUCACUAUCCUUGCAUUGCAGAGCAUUUGUAUCCUGUAGGUCUCUGUCAAGGUUCAACAAAGGUGUGACGCGACAGUUCACUUUGAAUGAGGUCGGUUGGAUGCAAGUUGAUCCCUGAUAUCUAUGAGUUUAUAACAUGUUUUUAAUCUGUUCGUGUGUCUUCUGCUCCCUGUUUCCAAAGGUUAGUAGCUGGUUAUCUGAGAGGGUUUCAUGUCAGGUCUGGUUUCAGCCUGUGGUACAUGUGAAAGUAAAACAAAAAAAUUAAGAUGAGCUCUGCUUUAAAUUCAGAAAACUACUCUUGAAAUGCUUGAUCGACCUAAGCUCUUCUAGCUGCUCGGUUAUGAUUGUCUUUGGGUUCCUACAUUUAAAUUUUUUUCCGCGAUGGUGUCUUUUUUGUAAUGUAAAUCGUCUAAGUUAUGGAUGACCGUAGAAACUGUGUGUGUGUGGGUGGGUGUGGAUGUGUGUGAGAGAGAGAGACUGGAAACAAAGUGGGAGAUGAAAAAAUUGAAAAACGCGUUAAAGUGCAGAUGUCAGAAGGUUUAUCAAUAUUAAAGGUCACACUUGCAAUAAUGAGUACUAGAAAAGGGCAGAUAUACAGUAUUUUAACAACUGCAGCGAAGCAUCAGCUUAUAUCAGUUUUAACCAUCGGGGAAACCCUGAAUAUAUAAUCAUUAAUUUAUAUUUUACUAUGCCUUUCUGUGUGUUUCCAUGUUUUGCCUUAAAGUGUUAAUAUUGUUUGUACGAGUGCCAUUUAUUUAAUUGCAUAUGUGGAUAAGUAUCAUUUGUUCGUAUGUCAGUAUGUUUACUUUUUCUGUUCCUGUUUGGUCAGUUCGACUGUCCUCCAUUUUAAAUGGUAAUCUCUGUUGUCUGUGUUUCUGCUCUGUGCCUGUCUUAAUGUCCAGCUGAAACCAAGGGCUUCUGUAGUGCCACAUUUCUGUCAGCUAUACGUUGUCCUAAAGCAGGAUUAUGAAACGAAAUGUACACUGCAAGACAGUGGAUUAAAAUAACUUAAUACAA